AUACGGGCAUACAGGAGGGUCCAGUAGGGACGAUUGAGGGAGGGAGGGCGUGUUUGUACGCAUGCGCGUGGUGGGGCUGUGGUUGGCUCCGCGGCCGCCCGCGCCGCCGCCUCUCCCCUUUUCCGCCCGGUGAGAGGAUUCGCGGGGGUCGUCGACCAAAAGAGAAGGUAACGGCGGGAAGGCCCCUCCUCUCUCCCCUUGCUUCGCUGCGCACACUUCUGGAUGUCAUCUCAGGCAGAGUUCAAAGAUGGGGAAGAAAAGCAGAGUGAAAACUCAGAAGUCAGGCACUGGAGCCACCGCUGCAGUCUCUCCAAAAGAAAUGCUGAAUUUGAUUAGUGAAUUAUUGCAGAAAUGCAGCAGUCCAACUCCAGGUCCUGGAAAAGAGUGGGAAGAAUAUCAGCAAAUUCGAGCUCUUGUUGAAAGAAUUCGCAAAAAACAAAAAGGUUUGUCUGUUGUAUUUGAUGGUAAAAGAGAAGAUUAUUUCACUGAACUAAUUAAGUGGGCCAGAGAGAAUGGUGCAUACACAGAGGGUUUUGAAGUGGCUAACUUUGGAGAUGAAGGCUUUGGUUUGAGAGCCACAAGAGAAAUAAAAGGAGAAGAACUCUUUCUCUGGGUUCCCAGAAAGAUGCUAAUGACUGUUGAGUCAGCUAAAAAUUCAGUCUUGGGAUCCUUGUAUUCUCAAGACCGAAUUCUCCAAGCCAUGGGCAACAUUACACUAGCAUUCCACCUACUUUGUGAACGAUGCAACCCCAGUUCAUUCUGGCUGCCUUACAUCCAGACUCUCCCAAGUGAAUACAAUACUCCUCUUUAUUUUGAAGAAGAAGAGGUUCAGUAUCUUCAAUCAACUCAGGCCAUACUUGAUGUAUUCAGCCAGUAUAAAAACACUGCUCGACAAUAUGCUUAUUUCUACAAAGUUAUUCAGACCCAUCCUAAUGCCAGCAAACUGCCAUUAAAGGAUUCUUUCACUUACGAUGAUUACAGGUGGGCUGUUUCCUCUGUCAUGACUCGACAAAAUCAGAUUCCUGCUGAGGAUGGCUCUCGAGUUACAUUAGCUCUGAUUCCUUUAUGGGACAUGUGUAAUCACACCAAUGGGCUGAUUACUACAGGCUACAACUUAGAAGAUGACCGUUGUGAGUGUGUGGCUCUUCAAGAUUUCAAAGCAGGUGAACAGAUUUACAUUUUUUAUGGCACUCGGUCAAAUGCUGAAUUUGUGAUCCACAGUGGGUUUUUCUUUGAUAAUAAUUCACAUGACAGAGUGAAAAUAAAGCUUGGAGUGAGUAAAAGUGACAGGCUAUAUGCUAUGAAGGCAGAGGUCUUAGCUCGCGCUGGCAUCCCAACGUCCAGUGUUUUUGCAUUGCACGCAACAGAACCUCCAAUCUCUGCCCAGCUUCUUGCUUUCCUCAGAGUGUUUUGCAUGACUGAAGAUGAACUGAAGGAACAUUUGAUAGGAGAACAUGCCAUUGACAGAAUCUUCACUCUUGGCAAUUCAGAAUUCCCAGUGAGCUGGGACAAUGAGGUGAAACUUUGGACAUUCCUUGAAGCCAGAGCAUCCCUUCUGUUGAAAACCUAUAAGACUACCGUUUCGGAAGACAAAGCCUUUUUGGGAACUCAAGACCUUACCUGUAACGCAACAAUGGCUAUUAAAUUGCGUUUAGGCGAAAAAGAAAUUUUGGAGAAGGCUAUCAAGAGUGCAGCUGCCAACAGAGAAUAUUACAGCAAACGAAUGGCAGAAGGAGCUCUUCUCCCCAAAUAUGAAGAGAGUAAUAUUGCUUUGCUAGAGAACACUGUGGCAGACUCAAGGCUCCCCAUUGUCUUGAGAAAUUUGGAAGAAGAGGUGGAGGAACAAGAGGACUUAAAGAUUGAAGAAGCCAUUGGUGCCGAGGUUGCAGCCAAUGGAUUUGUGAAUGGCGGUGAUUCUUUGCUUAAUGGGACCAAAUCGAAAAAUGAAAACCUAAACCAAGAGGAAAACAACAGAGAGACUGAAGAUGCCAAAGAAUCUUCUUCAGACAGUACUGAUGAGAUUAAAGAAUAGCUCUAAAAUAGUUUUGACUUUAUUGUGAAAUUGAAAAUUAGCAGGUGUUCUUUUACUCUUCUUCUUUAAACAGUGAUUUACAUUUGGUGUGUUUUCCUAACAUUUCUUUCUGCAGAGGAAAAUAUGUUUUUUGCUGCUUUAUAAUUAAAAAAAUAUUUUUAAGUUAUUUAAAAGAUUUAGCACCCUUUUUUCUAUUAAGAUUGCCAUCUUGCUUUUGGAGGACAGAGUAGGGCAGGAAAAUGGAACCAGCUUACUUUUGAAUUGUUGUGGAACGCUUCGUUUUGAAACUACUUUUACUUCCUAGGGAAGAGUUCAGGUUUAACUGCUGUCUUUCUGUUCCAUUUGUUCUGAAUGCUAAAACGCAAGGCUUGUUUCUUGAAUCUUGCCUAAGGAGGUGACAAGGCUGACUAUUUCUUCUAAGCAGUAAACAGAUAGCAUAGAGAGUCAAUAUAAAGAUUUAAAAGUUUUGAAAGACUGAGCCUAUAUAGCACCAAUUUCAUUGUCCCUUUAAAAGGUAAGGUGGCAUCCUUAUUUUCAUUAGGUUUCAGAUGUUGAUAAGAAUACAAACUAUAUUCCAAAUACAGUGGUUUCUAAGAGAAUUUGGUUUAUUUUGUGGUUUAAUUUACUGUACAAGAAACCUUAUUCCCCACCCCCUUUGCCUUGAAAUCAAAGUGCACAACUACGGUACACGUUUCUUUUAUUUUUUUAAGAAGCUUUACUUUUUAUUUUGAAAUGGCACUGUUUUAUUUGGGGAAGGAGAGGCUGGGAGCACAUCAGCCAGCCUAAAGCUUUAAACUGUGUUGUUCAAAGUGAGGUUGCACCCAGCUUUUUCAGACUUUCACAAAUAGCUAGAGAUUUUCAAAGCUACACUUUUGACUAAGAAAAUUAUUAAAAGAAAACUUUAUUAAA